AUGCUAACGGGUAUUCUCGCUGCUAUAUUUUUCGUUUUAUUCGUAGCAUAUUUAUGGCAUAUUCAUCGAACUUAUACUUUUUUUAUUCGAAUCGGCAUUCCAGGUCCAUCACCAACGUUUUUCUUGGGUAACUUGAUGGAGUUGAUGGAAAGAAAACGUUUUACAUUAUCGAUAAAAGAAUGGACGAAGAAGUAUGGUCGAAUAUUUGGCUAUUUUGAAGGACAUACACCGAUUCUUGUCGUGUCUGAUCCGAAUAUUUUACAAGAUAUAUUUAUUAAAUCAUUUUCAAAUUUUCAUUCGCAUCGUCCAAUUGCAUUCGAUGACCCACAUAUGAAAAGCUGUCAUCUAUUCAAUGCUCAAAGUCUUCGUUGGAAACGACAACGCUUUAUUAUUAACCCGACAUUCUCAUCGGCAAAACUUAAACAAAUGUCCCCAUUAAUCAAUCGUAGUGUCACUGCUUUAAUGAAAAAACUAACCGAACAAUAUCAAUCUGGUCAAUCAUUUGAUAUCUAUGCAUUUUUGAAACGUUUUACAAUGGAUACUAUAUGGUCGUGUGGAUUUGGUCUGGAUACAGACAUGCAGAACAAUCCCAAUGAUCGUUAUCUUAUUCAAUCACAACGUGUAUUCAGUGCAGAGUAUUUGUUGAGUAAGAUCAUAUUUUUGCAGGUAUUUAUGCCUGAAUUUAAAUGGUUCUGGGAUACAUUGCAUGCAAUUGAUACUUUUGUUCGAUGCCAACUUCACUAUUAUGU